AUGAACAACAGGAUUAACCAUGCGUUAAAUUUUAACGAAGCGUUAGCAUAUUUUAACGACAGCGAGAAAAGAUGUAAUGAUGAAGCUAUAUCACAGAUUGAGAAGGAGGUAGGUACUUGUGCUGUUAUUAUACUACAUAUCUGUCACGAGAAAAGAUGUAAUGAUGAAGCUAUAUCACAGAUUGAGAAAGAGGUAGGUACUUGUGCUGCCAUUAUACUACAUGUAUGUCAGGAGAAAAGAUGUAAUGAUGAAGCUAUAUCACAGAUUGAGAAAGAGGUAGGUACUUGUGCUGCCAUUAUACUACAUAUCUGUCAGGAGAAAAGAUGUAAUGAUGAAGCUAUAUCACAGAUUGAGAAGGAGGUAGGUACUUGUGCUGCCAUUAUACUACAUAUCUGUCAGGAGAAAAGAUGUAAUGAUGAAGCUAUAUCACAGAUUGAGAAAGAGGUAGGUACUUGUGCUGCUAUUAUACUACAUAUCUGUCACGAGAAAAGAUGUAAUGAUGAAGCUAUAUCACAGAUUGAGAAAGAGGUAGGUACUAGUGCUGCCAUUGAACUACAUGUCUGUCAGGAGAAAAGAUAUAAUGAUGAAGCUAUAUCACAGAUUGAGAAAGAGGUAGGUACUUGUGCUGCCAUUAUACUACAUGUCUGUCAGGAGAAAAGAUGUAAUGAUGAAGCUAUAUCACAGAUUGAGAAAGAGGUAGAUAUCACCUUCCAACCAUCACAAAAUGGAUACACAAGCUACUCAAUAACAAGUGCGAAAACAAGUGCUGAAACAAUAAAAACGGAAUUAACACCUGGUGUAACAACAAGCGUUGAAACAACUACAAAGGAGACAACAAAUGGCGAAACAACAACAAGGGAGAUAACUCGCUAUGCUACAACAAAAGGAGAUUCACACAGAUAUGAUACAACAAUAUACAUAACAAGAUUUGAAACAACCAAUGACGAAGCAGAUAUGGAAAAAACAGCAAGUGUCGAAACAACAAAAGAUAAUUCAAGCAAUGAAACAGGCGAUGAUAUAAGCAACGAAACAGAUGAAGAAAUACGCAUUGGAUCAACGGACAAACCAGGCUGUCAAAAUUACGACACAGCACCAGCUAAUAAGUUCUAUGUAACAGGCAAUUUUUCUGAUUGUAGUGAGAUUCCAAGUGGCAGUCCUAGUGGUGUUUAUAUAAUAUAUGUGGAAGAAAAAACAGUUGACGUAUAUUGUGAAAUGACAGACUACGGGCAAUGGACGGUGAUACAAAGAAGACUUAAUGGCACAACAGAUUUUUACCGAAACUGGCAAGCUUACAAACAAGGAUUUGGGAAUGUUAAUUUCGAAUAUUGGCUAGGGAACGACAACUUAUAUCAGAUUCUAUCUACGAAAAAUUACAAGUUACGAAUUGAUUUGGAAGACUGGAACUGUGAUAAACGUUAUACAGAAUAUGAUACGUUUGUUGUGGGGAGUGAGGAAACAAAGUACAAGCUUUCUAUCACUGGUUAUAGUGGAGAUGCUGGUGAUAGCAUCAUUAAUCCACCAUCUGGUUCCACAUACAGAAUGAAUGGGAUGGAGUUUACCACGUCAGAUAGGGACAAUGACGAACACUGGUUUAUCAAUUGUGCUUCUGAUGCGAAACAUUCUGGAUGGUGGUUUAAUUGGAGCACUGAUGCCAACCUUAAUGGUAUUUACUACAUAAAUGGACAGAAAGUUUCUGAUGGAGUAUUUUGGAAUUGUUGGCAUUCUUCUGAGUAUUCUUUAAAGAGCGUAUCAAUGAAAAUUAAGCCAUAUUAA